AUGCUACAUCGAUCGAAAUUCGUGAGACAAUCUCGUGCAACAAUUAUAAAUUCGCAAAACUUUCACGUAAAUGUUAGUCCAGGGGAAAAAGCAAAGUGCGGCGUAGAAGAAAGCGAUAAUAAUUAUCCUGUGAUAGAUCACUGCUAUGAUGUAGUAAUAGUAGGAGCAGGAGGCGCUGGAUUGAGGGCGGCUUUUGGACUUGGUAAAAAAGGAUAUCGUGUAGCAGUAGUAUCAAAACUCUUUCCGAUUAGGUCACAUACCGUGGCUGCCCAGGGUGGCAUAAAUGCUGCUAUCAUCGACCAAAAAGAUAAUUGGCUGUAUCAUAUGUAUGAUACUGUGAAGGGAUCCGAUUGGCUAGGAGAUCAGGAUGCUAUACAUUUACUCACGAGGGAAGCGCCUCGAGCGGUCUUCGAACUCGAAAAUUAUGGCUGUCCCUUUAGUCGUACGGAAGAUGGUAAAAUAUAUCAGCGUGCUUUUGGUGGCCAGUCGUUACAAUUUGGCAAAGGUGGACAAGCUAAACGAACCUGUGCAGUCGCUGAUCGAACCGGUCAUGCGAUACUUCAUACCCUUUACGGCCAGAGUCUUCGCUACAGCGUGCAUUAUUUCAUCGAGUAUUUCGCCCUUGAUGUACUUAUGCACGGUCGAUGUUGCAAAGGGAUUCUGGCUUGGGAAUUGGAGACCGGACUCCUACAUCGAUUUAGAGCUCAUCAUACAGUGAUUGCAACAGGUGGUGCCGAAAGAUGUUACUUCUCCUGCACCGCUGCGCACUCCUGCACUGGUGACGGCAUGGCGAUCGCAUGUCGAGCAGGAUUGCCGUUGCAAGAUAUGGAAUUCAUUCAGUUUCAUCCGACCGGUAUUUAUGGAAGUGGCAUACUUAUAACCGAGGGUACCCGUGGAGAAGGCGGCAAACUCGUCAACUCUAAGGGAGAGUUCUUCAUGGAGAAGUACGCGCCAGUGGCUAAGGAUUUAGCUUCUCGUGACGUCGUGUCGAGAGCUAUGACUAUAGAAAUACUGAACGGAAGUGGCGUCGGGGAGAAGAAGGAUCAUAUUUAUUUGCAGUUAACUCAUUUACCGCCUGAAUUGAUACGCGAGAGGCUGCCCGGAAUUUCGCAUCUCGCCUGGGUAUUUGCCGGAAUAAACGUGAACAAGGAACCGAUCCCCGUAAUUCCCACGGUACAUUAUAAUAUGGGCGGUAUACCCACAAACUGGCGUGCGCAAGUAUUAACACGAGAAAAUGAAGAGGACGUACCAAUUGAAGGUCUCUGGGCAGCCGGCGAAACCGCGUGUGCGUCCGUUCACGGUGCUAAUCGCUUGGGCGCUAAUAGUCUCUUAGAAAUUAUGGUCUUUGGCAAAACCAUUGCCGAUCAAAUCGAUUGCAUUAGCAGGCCUGGCGAACGUCACGGAGAUUUGUCGUCAGACAUUGGUGAACAGUCGAUUUGUCGCUUCGACGCAACCCGUUAUGCGAAAGGCUACGUUCCCGUGGCCGAGCUGCGUGAAGAGAUGCAACGUACGAUGCAGAAAUACUGCGGAGUAUUCAGAACUUGCGAUAUUUUGCAGCGCGGAUGCAGGGAGAUGACCCGUCUCUAUACCUGUGAUCUGCCGGAUUUAUGCGUGCAAGAUCAGUCCCUCAUUUGGAACACCGAGCUCGUCGAAGCCUUGGAGUUGCAAAACAUGAUGCUAGUCUGCAUGCACAUUAUAUACGCAGCCGAAAAUCGAAAGGAAUCGAGAGGAUCGCACUCUAGGGAAGACUUCAAGGACAGAAUUGACGAGUAUGAUUAUGCGAAACCGCUCGAGGGACAAAAAAAACGACCUUACACGGAACACUGGCGUAAACAUUCGCUUACGUGGACUCAGGAGGAUGGAACGGUCUUUAUCUCUUAUCGGCCCGUUAUCGAUACGACUCUAGACGAAACCGAAGCUCAGCAUGUACCCCCUGCAGUUCGCGUAUAUUGACUCAAGAAAUGAAUAAAACUAAUAGAAUGAAACAAUAGAAUGAAUGAAACGUAAAGGAAACCGAUUAUAAAUCUAAGUCGGCUGUCGCGUUAUCGUUUAGAAUUGCCGCAGACAAAAUUUCUGUAACAAUAAUCUUAAGACGUGAACUUAAGCCGAUGAGCCAAUCAGGAUACUACUUUAGAUCUAUGUAAUCUAACGGAAAUAAAAAUAACAGUUAACUUAUCCAUAACGUCUUAUGGUCACUGUUGCGGAAUUUUGUAUAUACGGCAGCCCUUAACACAUAUUUGUAAUCAAAUGCACGAAAUCCGGAAA